GCAGAAUUUGAGGGAAGAAAAUUACACUAUAAAAUUUGUGAUCUCACCGCUCAUCUUUCAAGUAUUGAAAGGUCAAACGCCAGCGAGUAAUGACACAGCGCAAGUGUAAGACAUACAAUACAUUCACAUGGACGGAAAUAUUUCCUUCUACUCUAUUUCUCUGCUUUUCCUUUUUCUUCCCAUCCUCUUCGUUGUUCACUCCAUCAGUUUCAAUUUCUGCAAUGCCGAUUCCAUUGCCAAGUGCUCAAACACCGAGAGAGAAGCACUUCUUGCAUUCAGAAAUGGUCUCACAGAUCCUUCUGCUAGGCUAUCUUCCUGGGUCGGUGAUGAUUGCUGCCGGUGGGAAGGCGUUGGAUGCAACAACCAAACGGGAAACGUUUUCAAGCUUGAUCUUCGAAACCCAUUUCAUUUCAGGAGCCUUGAUCCUUAUUCUUUGACAGAUAAUGAAGUGGCCACGUAUAGGAGUUUGUGCUUGGGCGGUGAGUUGAAUGCCUCUUUGCUUAAUUUGAAGUUUUUGAAUUACUUGGACUUGAGCUUGAACAAUUUUGAGGGAACCCAAAUUCCAGAAUUCAUUGGUCAGUUCAAGAAUUUGUGGUAUCUCAACCUCUCUUAUGCAUCAUUUACAGGAGAGGUUCCUCCUCAUCUUGGAAAUUUGUCGAACUUGCAAUAUCUUGAUCUGAAUGGAUUUUCAUAUAACAAUUUUGGUAGUACUGGAUUGCAAGUGGAGAACCCACAAUGGCUUUCUGUUUUUUCCACUCUGAAAUACCUUGACAUGGGAUUCGUAAGAAUCAAUAGCAAGGAAGGUGCUUGGUUGAAUGCAAUCAAUAUGAUUCCUUCUUUGUUGGAGAUCCGUUUACAUGAAUGUGAGCUUCAAGAUAUUCUUGUUACUCUUUCUUUCGUUAAUUUCACCUCCCUUACGGUUCUCGAUAUUUCGAAAAAUUUCUUCAACUCAUCAAUACCCAAUUGGUUGUUUAAUCUUACGAGCCUUACCAAACUCGAUCUCAGCUCAAAUUCUUUCAGUGGUUCCAUCAGUAGUGAGUUUGCCAAUUUGGUAUCUCUUGAAGACCUUGAUUUGUCCUUGAAUGGUUACAUUGGAGGUCACAUAGCAAGCUCACUAGGAGCACUUUGCAAGUUGAAGAACCUAAAUCUUGCAGCAAACAAUCUCAGUGGUGAGAUUUCUGAAUUUCUGAACAAUUUAUCUGUUUGCCCUUCUGUCAGUUUGGUUUCACUUUCUCUAAAUUCUAAUCAGAUCACUGGACAAUUGCCUGAUUCCAUUGGCAGUCUAAAGAACUUGCAAAUUCUUGAUCUUGCCUACAACUCUUUUUGGGGUUCGAUUCCAUCAGCAAUUGGAAACCUAUCAUCCUUGAAAGUCUUGUACCUUCACUCAAACAAAAUGAAUGGAAGCAUCCCUGAAAGCUUUGGACAGCUCUCGAAGCUUGUAGACUUGAAUCUCAUCGCCAAUGCAUGGGGAGGUGUUAUGACAGAAGUGCACUUCAUGAAUCUCAGCAGUUUAGAAAGAAUAAUGCUUUCAACUGAACCAACAUGGUCUUUGGUGCUCAAUGUGAGCUAUGGAUGGGUACCUCCCUUCAGACUGAAGUAUAUCGAAAUUAGAGACUGCAAACUCGGUCCUUCCUUUCCUAUGUGGCUUCAAGUGCAGAGUGAGCUCCAGCAAGUGAGACUCACCAAUGUUGGUAUCUCUGACACCAUACCUGAAGAGUGGUUUUCCAAGUUAGCUUCUAAACUCAUUGUCUUAGAUCUAUCCAACAACUAUAUCAAGGGGAAGCUUCCUCGAAAAUUGGAGUGUCUGCAAUUAGAUGUCAUCGACUUGAGUUCUAAUGGAUUUGAGGGCCUUCUUCCUCUUUGGUCAACCAAUGCAACACAGGUAUACUUCCAAAACAAUUCAUUUUCAGGGCAUAUCCCGGAGAAUAUUGGUGAACUAAUGCCAAGACUACGAAACUUGCAUAUAUCUGACAAUCAUUUAAAUGGUACGGUCCCAUCUUCCAUAUGUAAUUUGGUGGAAUUGCUAGUGUUUUCUGUGAGGAAUAAUGAAAUUCAUGGAGAGCUUAUUGAUUGUUGGGAAAGUCUGCAAUCUUUAUGGGUUCUGGAUGCAUCAAACAACCGUCUAUCAGGAAGCAUCCCUAUAUCACUCGGUCACUUACGAUCACUUGGAAUGUUGUUGUUGAGCAACAACAAUCUAGAUGGUGAAAUUCCAUCUUCACUGCAAAAUUGUUCAGCGUUAUCAAGCAUUGAUCUUGGCGGAAAUAGACUGUCAGGAAAGAUUCCUUCAUGGAUAGGUGUAAAUGUAUCAUCCAUUUUCAUACUCAGGCUUAGAUCAAACUUAUUGGAGGGAGAGAUCCCAACAAAACUCUGCAAUCUCCCAAAUCUUCAUUUCUUGGAUCUCGCCCACAACAAUUUUUCUGGAGUAAUUCCAAGCUGUUUGGAUAAUCUGACUGGCUUGAUCUAUGGAAACACCAGUCAAACAUACUAUGCGCAAUAUCGCUUGGCCUACUUCAAGGACCAGAUAAUUGUUGCGACAAAAGGAAGAGAGUACGAAUUUAACCAUAAUAUUGCAUUACUGAAUGCCAUUGAUCUUUCAGGUAAUAACUUGAAAGGUGGAAUCCCUGAAGCGAUCACAAGCCUUAAAGCAUUGCGCGGCAUGAAUUUAUCAAGGAAUCAUAUUAGCGGAAGCAUUCCAGAGAAGAUUGGAAAUCUGAACUUGUUGGAAACUCUUGAUCUGUCACACAACAAUCUUUCUGGGACAGUUCCUCAAACCUUGUCUUUUUUAACGUUUAUAAGUCAUUUAGACUUGUCUUACAAUAACUUAUCAGGAAAGAUGCCCACAGGAAAUCAGCUCCAAACACUGAAUGCUUCUUCAAUUUAUGAGGGCAAUCCAUUUCUAUGUGGGUUUCCUCCACAAGCCAAGUGCCCUGGGGAUGAAACAGAGAACAGCAUAACAACUUCUAGGGACAGCAGAGGAGAUGACGAAGAUGAAAACGAUUCUUUAUUCCCAGGACUCUACAUUAGCAUUGGUCUUGGUUUUGUUGUGGGUUUUUGUGGUGUAGCUUUUGUAAUUUGUCGGAAAAAGAGCUUUUGGAGAUAUGAUACUCGUUAAGUUAAGCAUCCAUCUUCAGUUGCCCAUUUGAUCUUUGCAAUAGCUUUGAAUUGUAAGCAUCUUAUGGUUAAUCACAAUGCAUAAUAGAAUCCUUUCUAGUAAAAGAGCGCGUGAAAAAAAUGAUGAGAGAUCCACUUUUGGUUGGCCUAAUCACAAUAAAAAUCCCUUUUAUUUAUUUA